AUGGAAGAUGGACAACCUGUCCCGGGCAGCCUUUUCGUCUAUGCUCCUAACAAGGGAGCACCCAUCUUCUUCAGUCUCGCGUUCGCUGCCUCAGCGGUCGGCCAUAUCUGGCAGUGUUAUCGCUACAACUGCUUCAAACUUAUCGGAUUGCACUCGAUCUGCGCAGUGCUGUUUACUGCCGGCUAUGCUUUGCGGGAAUACGGAUCCUUCAACUAUUUAUACAGCACUCAGAACUUGAUUAUCUACAUCCUUAGUCAAGUUUUCAUAUACGUAUGCCCUCCGCUUCUCGAACUCGCCAACUACCACAUCCUUGGUCGAAUACUCUACUACGUGCCAUACUUGGCACCACUUCCUCCUGGCAGAGUCCUGUCCACUUUUGGUGCUUUAAUAGCGCUUGUUGAGACCCUGAACGCUUUGGGGGUAUCCCUCUCCGCCAACCCGUCCUCAUCACACAGUCAGCAAGAAUUAGGAACCCGCUUGACAAUAGCCGCGCUUGCGAUCCAACUCGUUGUUAUCGUCAUCUUCAUCGCCCUCGCGGCCAUAUUCCAUCGGCGGUGCGCGAAAGCUAAUAUACAUGCCAAGGCUGUAUCGACUCCCCUGAUCACGCUGUAUAUGAGCAUGUUGUUGAUCUUGAUACGCUGCAUCUACCGCCUGAUAGAACACAUGGGUAACACAACGGUGCAACUUGAUGACCUCCAGGCGCUCAAAAACCUGAGUCCCAUUUUGCGAUAUGAGUGGUUUUUCUACAUCUUCGAGGCAGCGCUCAUGCUCACCAACUCUGUUCUAUGGAACGUACGGAAUCCGGGCCGCUAUCUGCCUAGGAACUACCACGUCUAUUUAGCGCAGGAUGGGAGGACUGAAGUCGAAGGGGAAGACCAGUCGGAUGACCGGCCUUUGCUAGCUAAGGUUGGAUCAGUUUUAACGUUUGGUUUCCUUUUCCGCAAGAAGAUUGAGAAUCGACCGUUCGAGGAGCUCCAGAGUUUCCCGGUUUCUAAUCGCUAG